AUGCCUGAUAGAUCUUCUGUAUUCAAAGACGAGGCGAAGGUCUACGAAGGCGGGUCGUCCCGCGAGCCGCCAGUGUCGAUUCAGCUGUACCGAGUCGAGAUUCUGUUUGCGAAUUCCAUACAUCCGCUAACACCGCUAAUCGAGAACCCACGAAGAAGGUCCACAGUCAACCGACCUCAUACCAGAGCUACAGCGAACAGCUCUGUGCUUUCUUCCAGCGACGACCCAGAGGGCAUCCUUCGGCGCCGCCGACGUGCGUUACGGUCGGCAAAGACCGAAGACCGAGACGUAUCCCAUCAUCAGGGUGACAACAACAAGGCGGAUCCUGAAACGCCUGAACUUCCGGAAAGUGAUCCGUUGGGCGCCUUCUACGAAAGCAUUCGCUAUCUGUCCCCUCAUUUCGCUGAAUCUGAGGAAUCAGAUAGAGCAUCCUCCGACUCUGCUGAUGAGGACCCAUUGGUUUCCUUGUACAAAAGCAUAGGAUAUUUACCGCCUCUCGACGAAUCGACACUUGACCUUCUUGAGCAAGUGUUGUUAGAUCCCAGCAUGGGUAAAACUGGUGGUCGAAUCAACCCAACAGACCAGGAGAGCUUUCGGGUGGGACUCGGGGAGCGCAACGUGGCAUUGGAGCCCUAUCACGAUCCAUACCUGGACCACAUCCAGUCGCUCACUUCUAAGACACCAAAGGAGACACAGCUAGAGAAAAGACGCCAUGUUCGCGCUUGGGAGCUUGACUUGCAGAAAACACGAAAUGAUCCCCUGGAGCCUGUCUUCCAGCGCACCAUCAUGAUGUCAAUGAUCGAUCGGCAUCGGUUACUUUACGACAGAGAGGAUGCCACCAUACCCAUUCUCGAUUUUUCUGUUGAAAGAAUCUGGAAGUGCCCUCCAAUGCCAUCAAGGGUUUUGUUCGAUCCACAGCCAAAAUGCCUCACACAACCAAAAGCGGAUUUAGCCCUGGCAUUUCGCCAGUUCGCAAUCUUUCAGAGACGAAGGUGGCAUGAUCUCCCCGAUGCAAUGAGGAGCUUAUUAUGCUACGAAGGACAAGCCACCGGGAAGGAAGUUCGUGUCCUUCACUUUAUGACCAUUGAGGGGAAGAACUCGUUCAAGACUCCUGAUGAUGAGGUUGCCUUGUCUCAGAAUCUGAAUAAUGCCAGCCAGUCUCUACACAACAUGUAUGAGUUCUUCAGAGAAGCCGGGGAUGAGCAUGUGCAAAUUUUCUUCGAAAAGGUCAGGUUCUUCUCGUGUGUAUCGACGAGCAAAGGAAUCAAGAUCCGUGUUCAUCGGGCUUGCUGCACCCAAGACCACCAGGCGAUCACACUGAACGGACAGCUUGGUGAAGUUCCUCCCAUGGACUCUAUAGUCGAGGGCUACCCGUUGCAGUUCGUGUUUGAUGAUUACUUUGAGGCUAGUGGGCCUGACUUCACAAGGGACAAAGUCGUGGGUGCUUUCGAGAAAAUCAUGGUCGGCUAUGCGAUCGGAGAGCUUUUGGGUUAUCUGCGAGAGGCAGCAAAAGCAGUCGAGGCUAAAUGUCUCACAUACAAGCAGGAUCAUGGUAAGCGAUUGUGGCGCGACAUCAGCGAUUAUAUGCAUGGACUGCCUGUCCCACGAAAUGAGCCUACCCCCUCGCUCGCCAGCCAAGCAAGCUUCUCUACUCAGGCAACUCAUCGCAGAUUUGCCGGGCUAGCGAUGAGUUCUCAGAGGCUUGAUGCUAGUCAGCCGGAAUCCACUCAAGGCUCUGGUUUCUCUCUGAUCGAACCCAUGGUGGGUCAAGUGACCUCCAGUUUUAGUUCUAGAAAAAGGCAGCGUACCGAUUAG